GCUCAGCUCAGGGUCACUCUAGGAAGGGGUGCCCUUGGCGCCGGGAUCGGGCUCCUCCUCCCACAGGGCAGAGACGCCCGCCCGGGGCGGGUGUGUGUGUGUGUGAGCCUGGAGGAGGCUCCACAGAGCCAUCGGGGCUUCGGGACAGGCAGAAGCACGGCGCGCGACCCGGCCACGCCAAAUAAAAAAGGGGAGGUGGGGACGGACGGACGAACCCUGGAGGCCCCACCGGCCAUGAGCGCGUGGCGACGGGCGGCCACCGUGGUGCUGGCCGCGGGCUGGAGCCACCCGGGUCCGGGCCCCGCCGCCACCGCCGCCACCGCCACCGCCACCGCCCCUCAGCCGCCCGACGGCUUCCGGCUGCUGCUUCUCCAGCGCGCCGGGACCCAGCGCUUCCUCCCGGGCGCGCACGUCUUCCCGGGAGGCGCCCUGGACCCCGCCGACAGCUCGGCCGACUGGCUGCGGCUCUUCGCGCCCCGGUACGCGCCGCCGCGCUUCGGCCUGGGUCCCCCGCCGGCGUCACCUCCGCCGCCCUCCUUCCCGGGGCUGCGCCAGGGCGGCGGAGGUGGCGCCGAGGGGGCGCUGCCCGAGGACGUGGCGCUGCGCAUCUGCGCCGUCCGCGAGACCUUCGAGGAGGCCGGGGUGCUGCUGCUGAGGCCGCGGGGCUCGGAGCCGGCUGGUGCGGGCCCGGGGGAGCCCGGCCUGGCGCUGGCGCCCCUGCUGCCCCCGCCGGAGCUGGGCGCCUGGCGCUCGCGCGUGCGCCGCGACCCGCGCUGCUUCCUGCGGCUGUGCGAGCGCCUCGACUGCGCGCCCGACAUCUGGGCCCUGCGCAGCUGGGGCGGCUGGCUCACCCCGGCCCGGCCCAGCGGAGGAGGAGGAGGCGGCGGCCCCCGCUUCGACACCGCCUUCCUCCUGUGCUGCCUGCGCGAGGCGCCGCCCGUGGAGCCCGACGGGGCCGAGACGGUGGCCUACAAGUGGUUGUCUCCAUCAGAGGCAACGGAGAGUUUCCUGUCCAAGGAAAUCUGGCUGGCACCGCCGCAGUUCUAUGAAAUAAGAAGACUUGAGACUUUUGCCUCCCUCUCCGCUCUGUACAGAUUUUCUUCUGGUUACCCGUUAGAGAUAACUGAGAAAUGGAUGCCGAUAGUACUUUUAACCGCUGAUGGUACCAUCAGCCUUUUACCAGGAGAUGAGCUAUACAAGAAGGACUCAUACUUCUUAGAAAACCCAAUGUCUACUGACAAAAAGACUGAAGAAAUCUUGAAGGAAGGCAAAGUAGUUAACCGAAUAGCUAUCCACAGCUCGCAUCUCUAUGAAAUCUACGUGUCUCUCCUGUCAAAGAGUAAGCACGUGUACCCUAAGAACUAUGUGGUGCAUAGGAGCCCGACUGCCCACCUGUAAGCUGCUUGCUCUACUUUCCAGGAUGGACCGAACUUGUCUAAAGUGUAAGGAAUACUCCGAUCAAAGGCACGGUGAGAUGUUUCCUGUGCCGUGUGCCGGUCUUCAGACUGCACAGCAAGGCAGCCGUGCGCAUACAAUGUAUGAAGUAUUAAGGAUCUUGUUGCCAAGACAAAUGGUUUCACAAUGGUUGUCCUUUCUGUGUCUUAUAAGUUUCAACAUUUAAAAAUGAGUCUCCUGC